AUGGAGUGGAUUCGAGGUGAGCAGCUCGGCCGUGGAAGCUUUGCCACCGUCAACUCAGCAAAACCUAAAAACCAGUCUUGUAAAACCCCACCAUUGAUGGCCGUCAAGUCUUCUGAAGCCUCCUUCUCUGCUCUGCUCAAGAACGAGAAGCAAGUCCUCAACCAAAUCGGCUGCUGCCCACAAAUCAUCCGAUGCUUUGGAGACGAUCACACCUUCGAAAACGGCAUGGCGUUCUACAACUUGUUCUUGGAGUACGCCAGCGGUGGCUGCUUGGCCGAUCAGCUCAAGAAAAACGGCGGCCGGUUGCCGGAGAUAGAUGUUAAACGAUAUGCUAGAUCAGUUCUUAAAGGCCUUCGCUUUGUUCAUUCAAAAGGGUUUGUUCACUGCGACGUAAAGCUUGCGAAUGUUCUUGUUUUUGAGAAUGGCGCGGCGAAGAUUGCCGAUUUCGGACUUGCCAAAAAGGCGGGACCAACCGGAAACAGAGUUGAAGUCCGGGGAACUCCUCUGUACAUGUCGCCGGAAUCAGUGAACGAGCAAGAGUUCGAGUCGCCAGCGGAUAUUUGGGCUUUUGGGUGUCUAGUGGCGGAGAUGGUGACCGGGAAACCGGUCUGGAAUCACGGGCAGGGCUCCAAUAUGUGCAAGCUUUUGAUGAGAAUAGGAGGAGAUGAAUCGCCGGAAAUUCCAGAGGAGUUGAGUGAAGAAGGUAAAGAUUUUCUCGGAAAGUGUUUUGUGAAGGAUCAGAGGAAUAGAUGGACGGCGGAGAUGCUUUUGGAACAUCCCUUUGUUAUUUCUGAUGACACUGUUCCAUUGGAGGAGGAUGUUGAAGACGAGUUGUACUCAUCUCCAAGAGGUCCUUUUGAUUUCCCUGAUUGGGUUUCAAUGAUAAGCUCAGAAAUUUCACCUGAAUUUUCUGAGUUGGCGGCAAGUGAUUUGGAUUCCAGCUUUGAUUGGUCGUCGGAAACGAGUUCAAACCCGGCGGCCGUUCGGUUGCGGCGUCUGGUGACGGAUGAGACACAGGAUUGGUCAGUUUCCCGGAGUUGGGUCACAGUCAGCCUCAAGAUCGGAGAGACUUGUUCCGUAGAUAAAGAUUGCGACGCCGGUUUAAGCUGCCAAACAUGCGCUGCAAAUGGUAAUACCCGACCCAGAUGUACCCGGAUUCAACCCACCAAUCCUACAUCUAAGGUGAAAGGUCUUCCCUUUAAUAAGUACACAUGGCUUACGACCCACAACUCGUACGCUCAAGCUGGGGUGAGAUCGUCCACCGGAAAUAUUAUCUUCGCUCCGAUGAACCAAAACGACACCGUUACAUCUCAGCUUCAAAAUGGAGUUCGAGGAUUUAUGUUGGAUAUGUAUGAUUUUCAAAACGACAUCUGGUUAUGUCACUCAAGUGGGGGCAAAUGUUACACUUUCACAGCAUUUAAACUUGCUGUUGAUGUGCUGAAAGAAAUUCAAGCAUUCCUGGUAGCAAAUCCCUCAGAGAUUGUCACCAUUUUUAUUGAGGAUUAUGUAACAUCUCCAUCAGGCUUGUCAAAAGUCUUUGAUGCAGCUGGCUUGAAAACCUACAUGUUCCCAAUUUCUCGGAUGCCAAAGGAUGGUAAAGAUUGGCCAACCGUUGAUGAUAUGGCUAAGAACAAUCAGAGGUUGGUGGUCUUCACCUCUAAGUCAUCUAAGGAGGCUUCAGACGGGAUUGCUUACGAGUGGAACUAUGUCGUAGAAAAUCAAUAUGGAAAUGGUGGGAUGGUACUUAAUUCAUGUCCGAAUCGUGCUGAAUCGUCUCCCAUGAACACAACUUCUAAGCCACUAGUUCUGGUGAACUAUUUCCGUGAUGUUCCCAAUGCAUCAGCCACUUGUGUAGACAAUUCAGCUCCAUUACUGCGCACGUUAAAAACUUGUUAUGAUGCAGCUGGGAAACGGUGGCCAAACUUCAUUGCUGUUGAUUAUUACCAGAAAAGUGAUGGUGGGGGAGCUGCUGAAGCAGUGGAUAAAUCAAACGGUCAACUGACAUGUGGGUGUGACAGCAUUACAUAUUGCAAGGUAAAUGCUACAACUGGAAAUGCUACAUUUGGUUCAUGUGAUGUCCCAAAACUUGCUCCACCGCCGCCUGCUUCCCUUGGCAUCUCACCUCCUCCUCCUUCAGGUCCUAGUAGUAACUUUGCUUCUCAGAAUAGCAAAUCUGUUAUGUUGAGGUGGUUGUGUGGAACAAUUUUGGCUGCCACUCUCUCAAUGUGGAUAUGAUUGCUGCACACUAUACCCUGCAAAAUUAAUACCUCCCUUUUAAAUUUUUGAACCUCACGGAAAAUUAUUAUAUCAGAAGCAAUUGAUUCAUCAUUCUUGGUCUUGAGGAAAAGGUAUGGAGAAAUUCUGGAUAUGUAUAUAUGGUGGACUUCUCAGUUCUAAUAUGCUACGAGUAUAUGACUAAUAAUAUAUAUUAGAGUAUUAUGUAUCAUUUUUUUUACAGUCAAUUUUCAUUUUAUAU